AAGAGUACAAGACAAAGGUGUAAGUUUUGGAUAAUAAGGGGAUUGGCUAGCCAUUCAUGAAUUAAUGUAUGCUGAGCCUCCUCUUCUGCGGAAGUAGCAUACUCUCAGCCUCAGUUGACUGGACAAACGUCCUGAGCUCAUAUUGGUGACAAAUGGGAUCAUCUGCCUUGCAUACUUAAACAAGGGUUUUGAUACCAUCUGGCUUGGGAAAUAGCUGGAGGAAACUUAACUGUGACCUCCAUUCCCAAGCACAGGGAGGUAAAUGCCAUCAAGAUACAUUUUAUACAUUUUAAGAAUUGACACAGUACAUAAAUGAUAUACGUUUCACAUAACACAGCAAGCCGAUACAUUUAUUAAAGGAUUGGGGUUGAUAGAGUUGAGGUACAGCUGCUGCUAGCUCCUCCAAAAGCUUCAAGCUAGCUGCUUCAGCACUGCACAACUUUGGAGUAGUGGAUGAUGUUUUUAAAAAUAAAGAAAAAAAUCAUAUCUUGCUUGCAGUCUCUUUAUAGUUCUAUAACUUAUGGGGAGUGGGGUGCAAUGGCUCCACAACAGUAUCUGCUGAGGUUUCAUUUCAGAACCUCCUUAAAUGCCAACAUCGAGAGAUGUUCAAGUCCCAUUAUAUAUAAUGGUGUCAUAAAAUGACAGCACAGGGAGGUAAAUGCCAUCAAGAUACAUUUUAUACAUUUUAAGAAUUGACACAGUACAUAAAUGAUAUAUUUCACAUAACACAACAAGUUGAUACAUUUAUUAAAGGAUUGGGGUUGAUAGAGUUGAGGUACAGCUGCUGCUAGCUCCUCCAAAAGCCUCGAGCUAGCUGCUUCAGCACUGCACAACUUUGGAGUAGUGGAUAAUGUUUUUAAAAAUAAAGAAAAAAAUCAUAUCUUGCUUGCAGUCUCUUUAUAGUUCUAUAACUUAUGGGGAGUGGGGUGCAAUGGCUCCACAACAGUAUCUGCUGAGGUUUCAUUUCAGAACCUCCUUAGAUGCCAACAUCCAGAGAUGCUCAAGUCCCAUUAUAUAUAAUGGUGUCAUAAAAUGGAGUGCCUUAUAUAAAAUGGAAAAAUUGGUGUUAGCUUUUUGGAAUUUUGAGGAGAGAGUAAUGAAUACUGGAAUCUGUGGAUACAGAAUCCAUGGAUAUUGAGGGCUAAUUGUAGAGUACAGAGAUAGGAAAAUAGUGUAUCUCCAGCUAUUGUGAACUACUAUUUUCACCACCCUCAACUUUUAGGCAACAUCCAGAGAGUCCCCACUCCCAUUGUAACAGCUGUGAUUGCUCUUACCUUCCCUAUCCCCAGUUAGCUCCUCCCUGAGAAAUUAAUCUGUCCUCCAAACUUUUCAUCAGCUGGGCCCAUAUCCAACUACCUUAACUAGUCCAGCCUUCUCUCCACUUUGGGAUGGCCAUGCCGUGCUACUUAGCUUUUCUUCUGCUAUGCUGCUUCUGUUCUAGUGUUCGGCUUCUAGUUUCUCCAGAUCCUGGGCUUUUGUCUCAAGGUCGAACUCGGUUGCAACAGGCCCAAGAAUUGGCUCGACACCCCCGAUAUGGGAGUUGUUGGACUGGGGCCUUGGAGCAAGUUGAUGCUGGCUGUAGGGAAUUGGAUGAGGAUCAGCAAAGCCGCAUUGCACUUGCUUUUGCCCAUUGCCACCUGCAAAGGUCUGGGAGGAGGUUUCCACCUUGUGAGCCUCACAGCUCCAUCCGUGACUGCACACAACACAUGGAUGCAGUGGCGUUUGGAGUCUACACAGAGUUCUUCACUCAUGCUCAUAGCAUUUGCUAUUUUCUGCACAAUGAAGCCUGGCAGCAGCGAGCUCAAGACACUGUACACAGACUGACAUCCUCUUCUGAGUCUGUAGCCCGCCAGCUUCAGUCAACCAACCAACUUGCAGUAGAAAUAGCCCAGGCACAGGACGCCACCUUACGCUCACAGGAACGGAUCCUGCAAGAUGGGGAGGUUCUCCGACAGGCCCUCCAUGACUCCUCCAAAGAUGUGCGUCAAACCUUCCAAGAACUGCAGGAUUCAGCGCUUGAGCAGAGAGUUGUCUUUGCAGAGAUCUUCAACCGGGUGACAUUUCUGCACCGCUUUGUUGUGGGGGAAUCCAGUGCCCUCUACUCCCUUCUCUUCCAUAUCCUGAGUGGGAUCGCUAGCCUGGUGCUAACCUCUUGCCAACGGACUUCAGGAGCACGGUUCAUUUUGCUGACCUUGGUGGGUGUAAACAUUUAUUUAGAGCGUGCUAUUUGUAGCUUCCUUGUGGAUAACUCAGAGGAUGACUAUGGCUUGACGGAGAGUAUUUCCUUCUGGGUUGGCAUGCUGCGCCGUGGUUUUGCUGGUCUUGGUUUUGCGGUGGUGGCUUAUUUCAUCAGGACUUACAAGGACCCAGCCAAGCAGAGCCAGGUAGUGCUCCAAAGCCUACAGGAGACCCAAGCAGACAUCCAGAGACUUUUGCAAGAAACAGAAAGGCUAUUGCCUAACAAAACAGAGGUCCUCCUUCAUGAAUCUGUCCUCAGUGCAGAGGAUGAAGCAUUAUUCAUAGAUUCUGGAUUUCCGGAGCAGCUAUUCUCUUCAGAUUGCGGAGCAGAAAUUCAAGGACACAAAACAUGGAGGGGACAAUCACCUUCCCGCCUUUGCCGUUCAUUAUCCCGUCAGCGGAGCAAGAUAAGAACCAGCAGCCCCAAAAGGAGAGGGCGUUCUCCUUCGCGUAAGUGUCGGUCGCCAUCCCGCCGGCUUAGUCGGACCCGGAGUAGUGCUGCUCAACAGCUGAAAAUCCCUGUACUUCAGGAAGGGAUGCAUAGCCAGACCAGAACCAGCAGUCCCAAACAGAGAGGGCGUUCCCCUUCUCACAAGUGUUAUUCGCCAUCCCGCCAUCUCAGCCGUUCUCGAAGCAGCGCUACUCAGUAGUUGAGCAUUUCUGUACCUCUGGAGAAGAUGAGUCAAUUCACAUGCACUGUACGAAUGCAUAGAGCCCCAGCACAAGCUGAACCGGGGAGGCAACUAGGCUCAGAAGACUGAAAAUAUGAAAGACGCUCCAGGGACACUUGUCUCUGAGGACACAUUCCCCUCUGAUCCCAGUUCUCUCUUAUAUUGGAUCUAUCUCCACAUAUAGCGGCCUGAUCCUACUUUAACUGCUUUGACUCCAUCCUGUGAAAACAUGAGACUUUUAGUUUGGUGAAGCACCAAUUCUCUAGUUUAUUUCCUUGGAGAAAAUGUUAGUGUUUAAUGAAACUCUGAAUCUCACAUUUCCAUAAGAGCGAGCCAGGGAAAUUACUGUAGUAUCCAAUUGCUGCCAUUGUGCAGUGCUUACUUACACGUCGUUUUUAAUACUUUACUUUGUCUUAAACUAGACCAGAUCAAAAACCUAUUUCAGUAGAGCAUGUUAAGCUAAUCAGCAUACCCGCCUUCUUUGUAUAAUUUCUGUAAAUUUUGAAGGAUCUGCAUAAUUUAUCUACAAUUUGCUGGUCUGGGGUAACACAGCUGAACAAGGCAGUAACCCCCUCCUCAAGCCUUUGGAAUUUUUUUCAGGCACGCAUUACGCAUGCACUUCCAACCUCAGGGAUUUAGAAAUGCGAAAUAAAAGCUGACAUUUUGCAAUAAUUUUGCGGAGUCAUCCCAGCAUUGCUUUAAUCCUACUGAUAUAUUGCAGAAUUCGGCAAAGAGCAAACAAGGUCAUCACCCUUCAGUUUUGGGGUAUAGAAUGAACUAUGUAAAUUGAUAUAGAAAACACAAAAAAUAAAAUCCAAACUCAUAUUUUCCUAAGCCGAAUAGAUGUAUAUAGAUCUUCUUGAGAGAAGGGUUAUUAAAAUGCCAUACCUCUGAGAAAGGAAGCUAAUCUACUGCAAUGCUGCAGUCCUAUUGUAAACUCAGAAAUGUGGCUUUAGCUUGUGAAUGCAGCAACUCUAGAACAGUUGAGCACUUGCUGAAUGCUCAGGCUUAUUCCCAAUGCAAAUCCCUUACAUUGAUUACAGAUAUCACUAGAAAGGAAACAAUCCUAUGAUCUCAUGGAUCUCCCCCCAUCCAAACACACACACUUUUAUUCUAAUAACAAACCUCAUAUAGUAAAUACAAAGGUUUUGCUCUAAAUAUGGAUAGUAGUCAUAGUAUAUGUUAUUAUGAUUUUUAAUGCACUUGACUUUUGGGCUUUGAGAUGCUGACAGUUUAAUAAAGUCCUUGUAAUAGUAUUACUUUCAA